GGAGGAGCUCUGAAACUCUUCAUUUUCACACCCAAAUUCGAGCUCAAGAUAGAGGAUUCAAAGAGGAGUGCUUGGAGAAGGAAAAAGGUGUAGGAAAGUGUGGAAAUUGAGGAACUUGAUUUAAAGUAUUUUUGAGCUUCGCCGGAGUUUCGUCGGAGUUGGUCAAAGUUCGCCGGAGUUGGUCAAAGUUCGCCGGAGUUGGUCAAAGUUCGCCGAAAUUAGUCAAAGUUCAAUCGAGAAGCGUAGAACGCGCUUAAGCUUAAUUAAGGUGGAGUUAAAGAAUUCGAAUUUCUUUUGGGGAUGGAUUUCGUUUGGCAAUCUUUUCCGGCGGUCGUAGGUGGCGGUGCUGGAAGGUGGCUAAGGCGGUGGUUGAGGUGACCCCACCAACAAUCCUCGGUGGAUGUUCCAGGUGAUCCCACCAACAAUCCUCAACUUCUUCUAAGAAAUGUUCCAAAACCUGAGAGCGAGUAUACUGAACCUGAAAAACUAAGAACUAGAGUUGAUCUGCUUGUUGCAACAUAUCUGCUCCAAUCCAUCCCUAAUGAUAUCUUUACGCAAAUUGACAGCCUCACAACCGCCAAAGAAAUAUGGGAUGAGAUUCCUCAGAUCAUGCAAGGAACUGAUGUUGGAAUAAAGACUAAACGAGCUCACACCCUAUCUGCCUAUGACUCAUUCUUUGCAAGAGCUGAAGAAGACCUUGAAGACACACAUCAACGUUAUCUGAUGGUCCCAAAUGAAAUGAGGAAGAUCAACAUUCAAAAGACCAACAUGGAGGUUAAUCUGCAUUUUCUGCGAUCACUGAAGUCUGAAUGGAAGAAGACUGCUAAGAGAAACAGGUCGACCAGUGGACCUUCUGAUAAAGCUAUCAGUGGUGAUCAUCUGAAGUGCUUCAAAUGUGGAAAGCGUGGUCACUUUGCCAAGGAAUGCAGGAUAACCAAAAAGAAAGAUUACAACCACUACAUUCAAAAGGCACAACUUGCCAAGCAGAAGGAACAAGGAAUAGUUCUCAUGUCCACACAUGAUCAUUGGCUAGAGGACUCAGAUGACAGUGAGUAAGAGAAUUGAACGGUGAUGGCUAGAGUUGAAGAAGAAGCUGAAAGUGAAAAUGAUUGCUCAAAGGAAGAUACCAAUUCUUCAUCUACUUAGAAUGAGGUCAGUCAUGUGUGGUAUCUUGUCUCUGGUUGCUCGGUUGCUCCACAGACUUGACUAGGAAGAAACAGUUGUUGAGCAACUACAUCAUCAAGUUCGGUGGAAAAAUCAGAUUUGGAAACAACGAGUCCGCUCAUAUUCUUGGAUAUGGAGACAUUUGUAACACAAAGGUUAGUAUCAAAGAUGUGUCAUACGUUGUUGGAUUGGCACACAACAUGUUUAGCAUUGGUAAAUUCUGCGAUAAAGGGAUGCAAGUUCUAUUCCGAGCUAAACGGUUUGUGUGAAAGAUGAACAUGGGAAAACCAUUUCUUCCUCUACAGAUGUUUGUCUGCUGUCAAGAGCUUCUACUAAACAAAAUCAACUGUGACACAAGAGGAUGUCAUAUCUAAACUAUAGGGAUCUAUAUACAUUGUCAUCAAAGAAACUUGUCACAGGUGUUCCACCACUACACACUCAGAAUAAUCAUUUGUGCGACUCUUGCGCACUUGGAAAAAUGAAAAGAGUCUCUCACAAGGCAUCUACAUUAUGGUGAUAGUAGAUGACUACUCACGAUGCACAUGCAUCCGCUUCCUACGCACAAAAGAUGCAGACAUCAUCAUCACCUUCAUUUGAACCACUCAGAAUCUACUCCAGGCAACCAUUCUCU